AUGACCAUGGUUAACAAUUAUUAUUACUAUCAAAACAAUUCAAUUAGUUCAAAGAAUCAACAACAUUAUUCCACAAUCAUCACAUCUUCACCAACAUUCAUGUCAACCACAAAUAAGAAAGAAAAAUCAACAUGUACUAUGAAUGUUUCAUCCUCACCUAACAUGUCUACUACUAAUUCAUCUAUUAAACAGUCUAAUUUAAUGAACAAUUUAAGCUCUUCACCAACAUGUAAAGGUAUUCGAAAGCAAACUAAAAUGUCCACAACCACAAGUUCAAUUAGUGUAAAUUCGAAUAACACAACAUCACCACAAUAUGUGUUCGCUUCCAAUAAUAAUUUGAAUCAACAAGAUGAAGUACGAAACUAUGCACAAACUUUCCUUUUUAGAAGAAGAGGAAGAAUACAAAAGAUUCCAUACGAAUCAAUGAAACAAAACACAUUCGAAUUCACUUUAAAGAAACAGCAGAAAAUGAAUUCAACAUCUAGUCAACCAACAGAUGAAAGAUCAACACAUUCGAAUAGUUAUUCGAAUUCAAGUUCAAAUCAAAGUUUAAACAGUCAAUCAAGUCAAUCAGAAAGAAUUACAAUUAAAGUUUGUGAAAUGCCAACAAAUUUACAAACAACAAAUCAAAAAGCUCCAAAAAGAACUUCAUUACCACUUUCAGAUUUAUUUAAUUAA